AUGUCGAAUGCUUGCUAUGCCUUUAGUUUUACAGAAGCUAGGCUUGAGUCUUAUUUUCUUAAUUGUUGGGUAUUUAAUGCAGAUCUUGAGCUUAUGGGUUCUUUGUUUAGCAUGGUUAAUACCAAGACAAAUCAAAGUGAAUCUCAUGAAAUCUCUCCCAGUGAGACCUGUAAGAGACAAAAGAUGUCACCUGCCACAGUUGUAGAAUGUCCUAGACUAAUUCCUAAUCUCCCUGAUGAGUUAUCCCUUCAGAUUAUUGCUAGACUUCCAAGAAUUUGUUACUACCGUAUAAGGCUCGUGUCUAGGAGGUGGAAAGCAACUAUCAUGAGUUCUGAAUUAUAUAAAGUAAGGAAAGAGCUUGGAACAACUGAAGAGUGGCUUUAUCUGUUGACCAGGGUUGGAGAAAAUAAACUCUUAUGGCAUGCUCUAGACCCCCAUUCUCGAAUUUGGCAGAGACUGCCUGUUAUGCCCAGUUUUGUCGAAGAAGAAAAUUCCCAAAAGGUUUCUUCCAGGCUUUGGAUGUGGAAUAUGGUAGAAGGUAUCAGAAUUGCUGAAAUUAUUCGAGGUCUGCUUGGACAGAAGGAUGCAUUGGAUGACAUGCCUUUUUGCGGUUGUUCUUUUGGAGCUGUUGAUGGAUGUCUUUAUGUUCUAGGUGGAUUCUCUAAAUCAUCAACUAUGAAAUGUGUUUGGCGAUUUGAUCCGAUGCAAAAUGUGUGGAGGAAGGUUAAUUCUAUGUCUACAGGUAGGGCAUAUUGCAAGACAAGCAUCUUAAAUAACAAGCUUUAUGUUGUUGGAGGGGUUAGUCAAGGUCAAGCUGGACUGAUUCCUCUUCAGUCUGCUGAAGUUUUUGACCCCUUCACGGAAACAUGGUCUGAUGUACCUAGUAUGCCAUUCUCAAGAGCGGGUGUCCUGCCCACAGCUUUUCUGGCUGACAUGUUAAAGCCUAUUGCCACCGGGUUAACCUCAUACAAGGGAAGGUUAUAUGUUCCCCAAAGUUUGUAUUCAUGGCCCUUUUUUGUUGAUGUUGGGGGAGAAAUAUAUGAUCCAGAAACAAAUUCAUGGAUAGAAAUGCCAAAUGGAAUGGGUGAAGGAUGGCCAAUUAAGCAGGCAGGAACAAAAUUGAGUGUUGUAGUGAAUGAUGAACUGUAUGCUUUUGAUCCUUCAAAUUCUGUGGAUAAUGGAAGGAUCAAGGUAUAUGAUCAAGGAGAGGAUGUAUGGAAAGUUGUUAUUGGAAAAGUCCCUGUAUAUGACUUUACCGAUUCAGAGUCUCCGUAUCUAUUAGCAGGUUUCCACGGAAAACUUCAUUUCAUUGCAAAAGAUUCCAAUCAUGAUAUUGCUGUUCUGCAGGCUGUUCCAUGCAGUAAUUUGGAUUCUUCACCAUCAACCUCAACACCUCUAUCACCCAAAUCUAUGCAGGACGAGUUGUUGCUAGAUUCGGUUGCCGAAACAGAUACAGUUGUUUGGAUAGAAGUUGCCAGUAGGAGUUUUGGGCAGGCUGAACUGAUCAAUUGCCAAGUUAUUGAUAUCUAA